AUAAAUAAACAAUAAAAUAAUUAUUGAAGUUGAUUGCAAGUUAAGCAUUGUUAAGAAAAAAAGGAGCAAUGAUAAAUCUUUUAUAAUUAAUUUUAGGAAUAUGCAGAAAAUGUCAUGGAGAUUAUUUGAAGCUUCCUUCAUCAAUUGGAGAGAUGUAUCAUGAAUAGGUUGAAGCUCCCAUGGAAGACAACCACGGCAACGAUGAGACAGAUAUUGCAACCUCUAUCCAAAACCAGCAGUCUACAUGUACUGAUGGUGCUCAGACUGAAACAGAGGAUAAUGAAGAAUGGAGUGGUCGACUCCGUGCAAGAAGGACAGAGACCAUAUAUGAAAGUGAUAGUCAGAGCAGUGCAGUUUGUAGUCAAGGUUCUAAUUGGAGUCAGGAAGAGGAAGCCCUACCCCUUCAUGAAAUUCAGUUGACUGAUGUGAACACAGCUAUUAACAUCCUAAGCCAGGGUCAAAUUAGUCCAUUGCGAUCAAGACUCAAUACAGAAUUGAUGAAUACUAAAGAACGAACUCUAAGAUACUACAAAAGGAAAGCACAGGAGACUUGCACAGCUCUUCUAGAUGCCAUUGCUCCUCAUCAAGGAGAGAUACUUAAGAAGAUGACAUUACCAAAUUCGGAAGCUAAUGAUCAUGACCUUUUUCGUGUUGUCAGUGAACUGUACCACAAUAUCAAGGAUGCAGAUGUGAAAUGUCAACUUUUGUCUCUAAUAGUAAAUAGAUGUUCAAAGGCUGAACUGUUGACAAAGUUUCCAGAGGUUACAAAGCAUCAGAUAGAUAAAGCCAGGAGACAUGCUUUUGUAAAUGGUCCUGGAUCAGGUGUUCAGCAAACAGUAUCUUCUCAACACAGACAAAGAAUCAAUUUUGCAAAGUUACAGCAUGCAGUGGAAUUUUUCAGUGAUCCAUCAUUCAACCAGAUUUCAUCAUACACUACAAGGAACCUAAAGCUAGAUUCUGGAGACACCUUAGUAAUUCCUGAUGUAGUUAGGACUAUGAUCCAUUCAAAUUUGAUCAAACUUUACAACACAUACUGCGCCAGUAAUACAUGUAACUUUGAGCCUCUCAGUGAGUCCACUCUAUAUGAAGUCCUAAAUGCAUGCAGUGCAUCAAAACGGAAGUGCCUGAAAGGACUUGAUAACAUUGCUGUUGAUGGAUCUUCUGCAUUUGACAGUCUGACUAGCUUAGUUGAUAAACUUGAUGAGCCUCAGCAAUGGAAAAAAGAACUGAAGGAAAAGCUGUUCAAUGCUCGACUGUACUUAAAGACUGACUACAAGCUCCACAUCAAGCGGGAAGAUGAAUGCGCUUUCCACUGCUUACAAUCCGCAAGGUCAUUAUAA